CCUUGAAACAGAAGUCGAAUGAGGAAAAAAUGAUCAUAGAUGCUGGCAAUAAUCCGUUUUAUGUGUCUAAGCAUGGAAAGGGUUUGAAGAAUGCAACUAAUCAGAACAAGGAAGGUGAGCUUACUGAAUACGAAUACUCUCAGAAAUGCGAAAAAGAGGUGAAAAAUACUUCAAAAACUAUGACUCAGAAAUCGAGAAACACAAGUGAAAAUUCUUCCUUGAAGUUGCCUUCCUCUUCUGAUAUAGGGCCUGAAAAUGACAAAGAAAUAAAGUUUGAUUUCACAAGUGUUGAAAUUGAGUUGCUACGGGAACAAUCAAAUGAGUGGGAGGUCGGUACGGUCAAUGUAUCGCAAAGAUUUAAAAAAUACCAGAUAGAGAUAAUUGAGAAAGCGAAGACUUAUGGAAUAAAAUGGAGUAGCUUUCAUGAAGUGCUGGAA